AUGUCAUUUCUCAUGGCGUCAUCAACGCUGAUGACGUCAUUUCUUAUGGCGUCAUCAGCAUUGAUGACGUCACAUCUGACAGCGUUCGCCACAUCAACUAACACUCAAAGACAGACAUCCUACAUGCGGGCGUAUAGCUACAUCGUCGCUAGCGGCAAAAAGACAUUAAUAUGUUACGACGAUGACACCAACCAUAACGAUAAUGACGUCAUCGUAAUGUUGAAAGCUAGAUCGGAAGUUGACUGCAUUCGAAAAUGCCAGGUGGCGACCAAUAACAAUUUGAGAGGAACGAACUACAAGAAGUUGACGUCAUCAUGCUCCUGCUUUCACAAGAUGGACGUCAUUUAUAAUCGCUCCUCAAUGAAUUUUGAAAACAGAUGGGUCUUGAGAUCCGCUCUGAACUUCGCAAGUGAUGGAGAAGUAGUCAGAGAAGUAGGUAGAGAGUUCCAGGGAAAGGGGCCAGAAAAAGCAAAAGCAGAUUUGGCAAAAGAGUGUUUAACACAAGUAACCAGUGCAAGAGAACAAGAUAUGGAGAUAUAUGAGAAAAGAAAGGGGCACGAGCAACUAGACGAGCAGCAGACCGAUGAUUGCCCGCCGAAGUUCCAUUACGUUAUAGAGAACCACAAAUGUUACAAUUUACAAGUAACAAAAUACCAGUGGUCGAGUUCGAGGUCAUCUUGCAACAAUCUCCUGUCAUCACAUCCAGUCGUCAUGGAGAAUUUCAACGAAAUGACGGUGGCCCGCCUCUACUCUGUUGCAGUAUUGGCCAUAAACCCUGCAGUAACCGUGAUAAACCUAUGGACGGCCGGCUACCGUACGUACAACAAUAGUAUCCCAACUCCAUUUCUUUGGGGUCCAUAUCCUGAUAAAAACAGCCCAAUCGAGAACUUUUUGUGGAGAGCCAAUAACCCCGACCUACCUUACGACGGCAGUACCUACUGCCUUCAGUACAAGAUCAGUCUGGAUUUUGGAUUCGACGAUUAUGGCUGCGAAAACCUAAGGGUGGCUUAUGCCUGGCCUGAAGGUACCUAUGGUCUUCCAAUGCCCGUUACAGGUUGCCCCGAAGGACCUAAUAAUGAAUGGGAGCAGGGAACCAGGACCCAGAUGACAGAGAAGGGCAGCCACCCCUCUGACAUUAUCCAUCUAGCAGGAAUUGAACCUACGUACACCGAGUACCUCGUACAACAUUUCUGUAUGAAGAUGUCAUACCCUCAGUAUGGCGGAGAUUUUACUUGGAUGCCAGGCAAGUAUUGUAUCUUCAAGAAGGGUGAUUGCCCUGCCAAAUUCCAUGAAGGUUUCAUAAAAUGGGAUGAUUCAACCUCGUGGUACAAUAAGAAUGAUCACAAGCAAAGCUUCAAAGGAGUUUUACCAGAGGGGGACUAUGACCAUGACACUGAAAUCCAUUACUGUUGCCGCUCGGAUGGGCCCCCUUACCAUCCAAUCACACUGCCCAGUGAUGCGUCAUUUUUUCUCAUCAAAUAUGGAGACGUUUGCCAGGAGGUAGAUCGUAUGUUGGUCAGUGAGGAGUGGCUGUAUUGGUCAGACAGCAGGUCAACCACGCCAAGCCAUCAAGGGGGGGUUCACCCAAGGUUGCUGAGGUCACAGACCCCGAGACCCUUCAGCAAGAUAUUCUACUGCUACUAUCAAACUAAGCCACCAAACAAGACCCUUCAGAUCCUGACCAUCCUCUUCUAUGGAGUGGGUGCCGUGGUCGUGGUCUCGAUGUUCUUCAGCAUGCUAGCCUGCAUCUUCAAGUGGCUGUGCAGUGGCCGGUGUUGCGGUAGCGGCAAGGAAGCCGAGUGGUCGGGCCUGGGUGUGGAUUACUCCCUGGAACCUCCCCAGCCUGUGGUGGUCAGUUCUGGUGGCCGCAGUAACGAGGACAACAGCGAUGAUAACAGUCCUAGGGUGUUCAAGUAUGUUACAGUUCGAACUGGAGCUGGAAAUGUUAUUGCUGGUGGUGGCAACACAGCGGGCGAUGGUGUCGUUGUUUUGAAUGGUGGUGGCUGUGGAAGUCUCGUUGAUGCCAUGGGGAACGAACUGUUGUAUGCUACGACAGCUGCUUCUGCUACUGCAGCUGUUGGGCCACUCGUUCCUUCUGCUCCUAAUGAAUUUGACGAUCAGCAGCGGCAACAGUUCGGUUUCCUGCAGCAGAAUACAUCGCCACAACAUCAUCAACAGCAGCUACUUCAGCAGCAGCAGCAGUUUAACUAUCAGCCACAGAUUGGUUUCAUACAGCAGCAGCCACUGAUCACGACGAGAUUGGUGCUCCUGAAGCCCGCCCAAUCGACGGCCAGUCCCGCCGCCACCAUCAUGAUGGCCGAACCUAAUUCAUUCUUGCCCUCAUACUCAGAGGUCAUGUCAGUGCAAAAGUGAAUCGAGAUAAGAAAUGAGAUUAUGGAUUAUUCAUCCUUAAAAUUGUACUUAAAUUGUCGACAAAUCCUGGCAUGCCUAUCUAGAAAUGAUAGAUUAAGAAUAUGAAUAAUGUGUGAGUUAGUGGAGGAUCUGAAAUUUAUGAAAUAUCUUAAGAGUUGAUCUGUGUAUAAAAUGUGAAUUUGAAAAAUAUUAGAAGUAAUAGGAGUGGAUAUUUAUCUGCACUGGCAAGUAGAGAGAGAUAGCUACGUAGAACCAACUUCUCAAGUCAAUGGAUCUAUGCGGAUAACAGCAGCUAAUGAAAAUGAUAAUGUUUUUAAUUUAUCAUAAAAUAAUAUCGCUAAAUAAUCAUGACUAUUUUUUUGUUCGCUUUAUAAUUUGUUUAUCUACUUCUAGUCAUUUUAAUUUGUCUGCAUAAGUGUGCGUGUGUUCUAGUUUCUUAUGUUGUUCUGUUCAUAUACUCUCAAUGGAAGAACAAUGUUGCUGUACAUUGGAUACGAGGAUCGUCUAUUCUCUCUCUCUCUCUCUUUCUCUCUCUAUAAAAUAUAUUAAUGACGUUUUUAAUGAUUUUGUAUGUAUAUAUUUAUUUAUUGGUUUGUUUAAUCAUUGUCAUUUAGUAUUAUAUAUAUAUGUAUAUAUAUAUAUAUAUAUAUAUAUGAAUUUCUUUUUAUUUAUUUUAUUCCCACUAAAACUAUAGCGCACAGUUUUCUUUUUUUUUCAGAUAAUAAACAACAAAAAUAUUAGUAAUUAUUAUU